CGAGCCUUUUAUUUAUUUACAGUUUGGAAGACUUUCAUAAUUGGAUUUCUAAAGCAAUAAACACGCGGGAAACCGAUCGCCUCAUCAAUUCUGAGCUGGGCUCUCCAAGCAGGGCAGCUGACCCUCAACCCGAGGCCUGGUGACUGUCGGCGGCCCCACUGCGCCUCCGCUGCGUGGACACAUUCCGGGGGGUAGCGCUCAUCCUCAUGGUGUUUGUCAACUACGGAGGGGGGAAGUACUGGUACUUCAAGCAUGCCAGCUGGAAUGGGCUGACCGUGGCUGACCUCGUCUUCCCGUGGUUUGUAUUUAUCAUGGGAACUUCGAUUUUCCUGUCGGUGACUUCUAUCCUGCAGCGGGGAUGUUCCAAGUUCAGAUUGCUGGGGAAAAUUGUGUGGAGGAGUUUCCUGUUAAUCUGCAUCGGAAUCGUCAUUGUGAACCCCAACUACUGCCUUGGUCCACUGUCCUGGGAGAAGGCACGCAUCCCUGGCGUGCUCCAGCGGCUGGGGGUGACCUACUUUGUGGUCGCGGUGUUGGAGCUGCUCUUUGCCAAGCCUGUGCCUGAGAGCUGCGCCUCGGAGAGAAGCUGCUUUUCUCUGCUGGACGUCACAUCCAGUUGGCCCCAGUGGCUCUUUGUGCUGGUGCUGGAAGGCGUUUGGCUGGCCUUGACGUUCUUCUUACCUGUUCCCGGCUGCCCAACGGGUUACCUGGGCCCCGGCGGCAUUGGCGACCUGGGCAAGUAUCCAAAUUGUACCGGAGGAGCUGCUGGCUACAUUGACCGCCUGCUUCUGGGGGACGACCACCUUUACCAGCACCCUUCCCCGGCGGUGCUUUAUCACACCAAGGUGGCCUACGAUCCUGAAGGCAUCCUGGGGACCAUCAACUCCAUCUUGAUGGCAUAUUUAGGAGUUCAGGCAGGGAAAAUACUCUUGUAUCACAAGGAUCGGACCAAAGGCAUCCUGAUCAGAUUCGCCGCCUGGGGGUGUUUUCUGGGGCUUAUUUCUGUUGCUUUGACGAAAGCUUCUGAAAAUGAAGGCUUUAUUCCAGUGAACAAAAAUCUCUGGUCCACCUCCUACGUCACCACGCUGAGCUCCUCUGCCUUCUUGAUCCUGCUGGUCCUGUACCCCAUUGUGGAUGUGAAGGGACUGUGGACAGGAACCCCGUUCUUCUACCCGGGCAUGAACUCGAUCCUGGUGUACGUGGGCCACGAGGUGUUUGCCAACUACUUCCCCUUCCAGUGGAGGCUGGGGGACAGCCAGUCCCACAGGGAGCAUCUGGUGCAGAACAUAGUCGCCACUGCACUCUGGGUGCUCAUCGCCUACGUCCUCUACAGGAAGAACGUCUUUUGGAAAAUCUGAGGCCCCAGCUGAAAUGAGAUGUGUGACUGGCAGACCACAGGGCCUGGGGAAUCAUUAAAAGGAGGCAUUCGUUAAAACAGCGGCUGGGCUGUGAAUUUCCAGAUUAUCAACAAGGAGGCUGACGUGGCUCCUGCGAAUCUGCCUGUGGACGUGGGACUUAAAUACCUGAAACAUAAUUGUCUUGUCUUCUCCGUCUUCUAUGGAAAUGGAUGCAUUUGGAACGUCUCAUUUAAUUUUUCAGAAGGGAAUUCACCAGGCCAUUUUGCUUCUGUGACGGGCAACACAAUCCACGGUCUGCUGCUCCCUGAUGUUCUUUGCCUGCACCUGCCUCUCCUCACGUAUCCACACCGACCAAGGUGCCACCUUGGCCGCCGUGGCUGGCUGUGACACUCGCUGGGUGUAUGUGCAGUAGCGCAGUCUAAUAGAUUUUUGGUGAAGUACAGCUUAAUAGUUCAAGAAAGUCCAAGCGAUUUCCUUUCAGCUCUGUAGGGCACUGGUGGGGCCAAAUAAAAAGCCUUUCUUUUUUUUUUAA